AUGGCCGACCCCUACACAACCAGACUCAAACAACUCGUCGACCUAGUCGAAGAAGAAGGCUGGAACGACUUUGGCUUUCUUCUCUUCCGCACAUACUACAACGAUGAAACCCUCUGGAAUGCCUUUCUCGAAGCAAAGGAUCAAAUCCUGACUGAAGCUAUCACCAAUGCACCCCAAGAGUCCGGUUUAUCACGCAUCACAGACAAAAUGUUCCUGAAACAGGUAUCCAAUGAGGCAUUGCGGGAUAUCACCCCGGAACAAGUCGCUAUCGCGUAUCGGAGUUUGGAGGAUGAUGCGAAUGGGGGCUCGUCCGAGGAUAGACUUGAACCUGGUCUUCGGACGAAUGUUUGUCUUAUGGUUGAUGAGGAGUGUAUGCGGUCUGUUGUUGGGUGGAUGAAUGGGGAUGGAAGGUCAGUACCGUUUGUUAAGGCUGUUGAUGUUAUGUUGGGGGACGAGGAGUUGGGGUAUUCGGGUGUGUUUCGAGUUGCUAUUGCGUCUUUGUUUACAGAGUUUUUUGUUGCGCAGGUUGAGUGUGGAGAGACGGUGGAGUUGGUGCCGGCUGGAGAUGGGGUUUGGAGGGGGUUUGUUUGA